AUGUACAUAGUCAUCAGCAAGACCGUCGUCCAGUACGAUUUCGGCCGGCAGUAUCCUGACAAGUUUGUACGCAAGAACACCGUCGAGGACAAUCUUGGCCGGCCGAACAAAGACGUCCGCAAUCUGGUCGCUCUAUUCGAGACCGACCGGGGCCUCGACCAGCUCGAACAACGGACUGCCCGUUUUCUUCGGCAGCUGCAGGCCAACGUUGCCCAGACAAGGCGUCGGGGCAAGUACGACUACCCCGGACCGGCGGAAGACAGGCUAUUCGAGCCGGCCUACCGUCACAAGCACCGCGUAUCGCCAACAUGUAGUUGCCGCGAUUGCUUCAGCGACGUAGACCCCGUUUGCGACGAGGCCCUCAGCUCGUCAUGCGCGGAUCUCGGAUGCGACGACGAACAUCUUGUCGCGAGGGAACGGCUCCAGGCAAAACGGCAGUCAGAACACGAUGACAGCGAUACGGCUCGGCAGCCGGCAGUACAUGUGGGGGCGGUUGCAUCGGGAGAUACCGUGAUGAAGUCGGCUGCCGACCGAGACAGGUUCUCGAGGGAAGCAGGCGUGAUUGCGUUUGAGACGGAGGGCGCUGGGGUCUGGGACGAAGUUCCCUGUAUCGUGGUUAAGGGUGUGUGUGACUAUGCGGACUCUCAUAAGCAUAAGGGACGGCAGAAUUUUGCAGCGGCGACGGCCGCGGCAUCCAAGGCAAUUUUAGAAGGUUAUAUCCGAACUGACAAAGCUCUGAAAGCGUCCGCGGGCGACGGUAAAUGUAGUUCGUCUCCGAUGCUUGCGAACAGGGCUGGUGGCAAUGAAGACACCGGGAGCCGCAACGGUUCCGCGGCCAUACCUCAACAGGACCAAGCCAAUGCCGCGCAUGGGCCGGUUUUCCACGGGCCUAUCUCAGGCCAAUACGUCAUCCCGGGAAUAGUCAAUCUGACUGCCUGA